UGCCAUCAUUUGGCCUCAUCAAAUAUGUAUGCCAUUUUAUAAAUACUUGUGUUUUGUUAUGCAGACUCUGCGCGUGAAGCAGGCUGUUCUGCAUUGUCAAGUGCGGAUUCCACCCGGUGCAGAGCUGCACCUGAAGAGCAAGGUUGCGCAGCACAAGACUUUGAAGCCAUGUCUAAGAAGAUGACGCGUCUGGAAGCAGCAGUUUGGUUUGGAACCUGCUUGUUUUAGGAGUAUCUGGGAACUUCUACCCAUAUUUGCCUAUUCCAGCAUAAAUCAGAGGACAAUGAGCUCUUUUUAUUUUUUGCAUAUUUUCACGAUACGUAAUGAUUUUUCUUCUUUUUCAUUUUGUUCAAUGGGAAAAACUUGAGCCGAUUUUAUAGCUGAUUCUGACUUCAUCACGUUCCUCUUGCUGAGCCAAACUCUUGGAAACCACGUCCAUAGUAUGUCUAUUUUUUUUUUCUUCCUGUAUAUGAUAUGUAUCACUGUCAGAGUAUUUUUAACUCUUCUGGUUUGAACCUUGCCUUUUGCAUUGCUGAGUAUUCAUAGAAUCACUCAAGGAAUUAAGUAACUUCAGACUGGCAGAAGAUGACUCGUAUGCUUCAGAAAUAUUUUUAUGGCUGUGCUUGGCUCAUUAAUACGGUGGUUUAACAGUAUUAAUAUGAAGCAUUGCAUUAAUUGUUGCAUACAUUUACUACCAAAUGACCUGCACAGACAGUGUUUCAGAUGUCGUGGGCCUAGUCACAGUAACCAGAAGUGUCCUCUUUGCAAAGGAGAAAAUAAGGUCUCUUCGUACCCGGACAGUAAGCAGAUGAAGUUGCUUGCCGUCUUGGAAGUAAGGACUGAUCACAGUGAAAGCUGGAAUGGACUUUUCUGCUUGAAGAAGGGGAAACUAUGCAGCUUAAUAUUUGGGCUGAUUAUAAUGACUCUAGUGAUGGCAUCCUACGUACUGACUGGAGCCAAACACGGGCUGCUGUUAAUACCGUCACCGUUCCAUUACGGAGCUUUUACUAGCAAUCCGAGCUUAAUGGACAAUGAAAGCCUUAGUGAUAUGAAAGACCAUUACCAGCCUUCUAAAAUUAAUGUUUCAUACCUAAAGGAUUAUCCAAGCAUUAAAUUAAUUAUUGACACUAUUACUUCAAAGAUAGAGUUUAUAACAAGACAGCGCCCUGAUCUAGAAGAGCUGAGGAAACAGGAGCCCCAUAUGUUUUCAGUAAUUCCUAAUAAAUUCCUUUCAAAUAGCAAGAAUCCGUGUUGGUAUGAAGAGUACAGAGGAAACACAACCACAGAUCCUUAUACAACAAACUCGUAUGCACUGUAUUCAAAGCGUUUUCGCACCAUCUUUGAUUACCUCAGGAAGGUAUUUUGGAACCACUUGUAUCACUAUAAGGACAAACACUAUCGACUGCGCUGCCUUCCCCAUUUCUACAUUAUUGGCCAGCCCAAGUGUGGGACAACAGACCUUUACGACCGGCUCAGGUUGCACCCUGACGUUCGGUUCUCGGCAAUCAAGGAACCGCACUGGUGGACAAGAAAGCGAUUUGGGAUCAUUCGUCUGAGGGAUGGAUUUCAUGAUCGCUACCCAGUGGAAGAUUACCUUGAUCUGUUUGACUUAGCAGCGCAUCAGAUUCAGGGUGUGCUGCAGAGUGAUGCAGCAAAAGAAAACAGCAAGAGGAACAGCAUCAUUAUUGGGGAGGCCAGCGCCUCCACAAUGUGGGACAACAACGCUUGGAUUUUCUUUUAUGAUAACAGUACAAACGGAGAACCUCCAUUCUUAAUCCAGGAUUUUAUCCAUGCCUUCCAACCGAAUGCCAAACUUAUCAUCAUGCUGAGAGACCCUGUUGAAAGAUUGUACUCCGAUUAUCUGUACUUUGCAAGUGCUAAUAAAUCUGCGGAAGAUUUUCAUGAAAAAGUGGCAGAAUCGCUGCAGCUAUUUGAAAACUGCAUGCUGGAUUACUCAUUGAGAGCCUGUGUCUACAACAACACUCUUAACAAUGCCAUGCCCGUAAGGUUGCAGGUUGGUCUUUAUGUUGUGUAUCUUUUGGACUGGUUGACUGUUUUUGAUAAAGAUCAGAUAUUAGUUCUUCGCUUGGAGGAUCAUGCAUCAAAUGUGAAAUACACCAUGCACAUGGUGUUCCAGUUUCUGGACCUAGGACCUUUAAGUGAGAAACAAGAAGCUCUGAUUACAAAGAGCCCUGCAUCAAACACCCGACGACCUGAAGACAGAAGUCUGGGACCUAUGCUACCAACCACGAAGGCAAUUUUAAGAGAUUUCUAUAGGCCUUUUAAUACAAAACUGGCACAAGUUCUUUCUGAUGAUGCUUUUUUAUGGAAGAGGACAUAAUAUGUAAAUUUAGUGCCACAAAUACAGUGCUUAAAGGAGUUUUUAUUUUUUUAAAUUCUAUUUUUGUGUGUGGAUAUUUACAUUUUUCCCAUUCCAAAGAGAAGCUGAUUGAUGAGAUGAGACUCUCACCUUCAGUCAGCAUAUGUCACAACAGUUAUACCAUAUUUUCCUUGUGAGAAUGUAAAGCAUCUUGCUUAUCAGUGUCUUUUGCCCCAGCAAAAGUGGAAGAGUAUUAGUAUGAAGGAGAUGUCUUGCACUCUGCUGGGAUGUUGAAGUUUAACCAUCUCUAAGAUGCUGCAGCACAGAAUUAGCAUCAGUCUCCUACAAUUACACUUGUAAUCUCACUUUCAGUAUAUGUUAUUCAUUCAUUCUUUCAAACUAUCAAUGUCAUUUAGUCAUUAAAAUUUUUAAUUGAAUUCAACCUAAAAUUUUGUUUCUUUUUGUCAGCAUAUUGACAAAUGCAGUCUUCACUCACACUAAAGGUUUUCUGUUUCCUUAAUUCUGAAACUAAGAGAAAGGCAAAUUACUUUAACGGAUAAUUGUAUUCGCCUACUUUAUAUCUUCAGUGUAAAUGGACUUUCCUAACCGCAGUUCUUAUAAAAGAAGAAUUUCAUAUUCCAGGUAAGAAUGAAAGACUGGAAUUUAAACAACAGGCCGCAUACAAUGUUUAGCUUUACAAAUCCAUUUGUCUCCUGUAUUUUGUUCAUGUAAAUACAGAUAUGUACCAUCUAUUCAUAUCACUACAUGUUUUCUCAGGAAACCAAUAACGGGCCUGAAGCACAGUCCAUUGCUCGCCAUGGAGAGCUUUUAUUUUGUGGCGUUUUCUGUUGGGUCCUACACAAUCACUCUAUAGUAUCCCAUUGCCAAGAAAUUAGACUUCAGAAUGAUUUUAAAGUGCAUGUCUUUCAGUGCAUCAGUGCACAGGGAUAGAGUAGUAGGCAUCCUCCUACAAAGUAAGAUGGGAUGCAUUAACUGAUGAAUUAGUUGCACAUGUAGCUUAUUUCCCUCCUCAGAAAAGAUGUAUGCAUCUAAUUAAAAAUCAGUUCAGAUACUCAGACUUGAAAAGAAGCCAUUCUAAAACCCAUGGGAGCACUUUGGAUUAUCUGAAAGUUGCAAUUAGACUGAAAUGGCCAGAUUAUAUCCUAUAGAAAUGUGCACUAAUUCACUAUUCUAUUUCACCCACUGUCAGCUACAGCAUGCAGCCCUCGUGCGGUCAGUUUGCCCAGCAUAGCUGACUGGAGUGGCGGUUUUCUUUAAUAACCAGUAGUGAGGAACAGACAAACGGGGAUGCUUGCUGUUGGUAAUUUCCUUUCAAAGGCUAGCUGGUCAUUUCUUCAAUGAAUAUAUCUCGAGUGGGUCAAAGGAAGCUGAUGUCUAGCUAGCUAGUAUCAAAAGCCCCCAAAAUUGGUUCUUGCUGGCUUCAUGUGCCCAGCUUUGCAGCUGAAUUUUGUGUUUGAGUCCGCCAUAUAGCUUGCUAACGAAUUCACAAAUACAUUUACAGAUAUUAAGGGUAGCUUUUCACCAUUCUUCUCCAUGGGGACAUAUUAUUUAUCCAUGUUUGCAAAACUGAGGGGUAAUACUGAAAACUUCAUGAAUCCUGAACAUUUCGCGAAUGUUAAUAGGACUGAUGGCACGUGAUGGUUUGUAACAGAAACCUGUUUUUAGUUCCUUUGCCGAUUGGAAAUGUGCUGCUUGAAAAGGAUUCAGUCUGGCAUUUGGAAAGCCUGAAAUAAGUGGUGUAAGUCACCAGUUCUAGACCACCAGCACUGAUUAGUUCUAGUUCAGAAAUGCUUACAGACCAAAACGGGUUGGAGAACUGAGGGCUGCUCAAUUUACCUAUAUAAAAAAAUAUGGCAGCAUGAAUCAGAAUGAAUUCAGCACUAUUCGUAAAUGUAAAAUUUUCAGUCAACGCUUUAUUUGUGCUAAAAAUUUCUGGCAAAUCUGUUCUGAAUUUGAAUAAACAUUGUAUGGUCAGGAAAAGUGGGGGGAAAAAAGUCCU